UUUUUUUUUCCCCUGCUGCUCCUCCGAUUUAGAAGCAAAUCUCGGGGGCCGCAGAGAGAAUUCGUUUUUCCGCCAUCGUCAUCGUCGCUAUUAUUAUUAUUUUUUUAAUCUUCCUCCUUUUCCCGUUUUGGAUCUUAACCCUUUGAUCUGUUUCCUUUAAAAGACUCUGAUUCCCAACUCCCAUCAGGGGGAGAGGGAGGAGAAAUACAGGGAAAGGAAAAAAAAAGCCCGAGCGAGUCGCUGCCCUCAGCUGUUGGCCAGGUUUGGUGGGGGACAAAAGUCCCUUUAAAAUAUUGAAUGUCAGUUGCAAACCUAAGAAAAGAAAAAUCUGAUCCGGAGUGCUAAAUUUAGGAGCUUUAUAUGGAACUUGGACUCUGCUGCUGGAUUUUGUAUGGAUUUUUUUCAACCUUUGGGAGGACAGACCCCGGCGUCCGCCUCUAGACCGCACUGAGCGACCGAAGCGGCUGGGGGGAAGCGUCGACAGAGCUGCCGGCAGAGAUGGCCGAGAAUUGGAAAAACUGCUUCGAAGAGGAGCUCAUCUGCCCCAUUUGCCUGCACGUCUUUGUGGAGCCAGUCCAGCUGCCCUGCAAGCACAACUUCUGCCGGGGCUGCAUCGGGGAGGCGUGGGCCAAGGAGUCGGGCUUGGUGCGGUGCCCGGAGUGCAACCAGGCCUACAACCAGAAGCCCAACCUGGAGAAGAACCUGAAGCUCACCAACAUCGUGGAGAAGUUCAACUCCCUCAACCUGGAGAAGCCCCCCUCAGUCCUGCACUGCGUCUUCUGCCGCCGGGGCCCGCCGCUGCCUGCCCAGAAGAUCUGUUUGAGGUGCGAGGCUCCGUGCUGCCAGUCCCACGUCCAGACCCACCUGCAGCAGCCCUCCACGGCCCGGGGACAUCUCCUGGUGGAGGCAGAGGAUGUGCGGGCCUGGAGCUGCCCCCAGCACAACGCCUACCGCCUGUACCACUGCGAGGCCGAGCAGGUGGCCGUCUGCCAGUUCUGCUGCUACUACAGCGGGGCCCACCAGGGACACUCGGUCUGCGACGUGGAGAUCCGCCGCAAUGAGAUCCGGAAGAUGCUGAUGAAGCAGCAGGACCGCCUGGAAGAGCGGGAGCAGGACAUCGAGGAGCAGCUCUACAAGCUGGAAUCGGACAAGCGGCUGGUCGAGGAGAAGGUGAGCCAGCUGAAGGAUGAGGUGCGCCUGCAGUACGAGAAGAUGCACCAGAUAUUGGAUGAGGACCUGAGGAAGACCAUGGAGAUCCUGGACAAGGCCCAGGCCAAGUUUUGCAACGAGAACGCGGCCCAGGUUCUGCACCUCAAUGAGCGCAUGCAGGAGGCCAAGAAGCUCCUCAGCUCUGUUCAGGUCAUGUUCGACAAAACUGAGGAUAUCAACUUCAUGAAGAACACCAAGUCUGUGAAAAUCUUAAUGGACAGGACUCAGAACUGUACAGGUGGCAGCCUGCCUCCACCCAAAAUCGGCCACCUCAACUCCAAACUCUUCCUGAAUGAGAUCGCCAAGAAGGAGAAGCAGCUGAGAAAGUUGCUGGAAGGUCCUCUGAGCACCCCCGUCCCCUUCCUGCAGAGUAUCCCCAUGUACCCCUGCACCGUCAGCAACUCCGGCGCGGAGAAGCGCAAGCACUCCACCGCCUUCCCCGAGGGCAGCUUCCUCGAGCCAUCGUCCGGGACUGUGGCGAGCCAGUACAUGAGCCAGGGCGCUUCGGCUGGCGAGGGGCAGUCCGCACAAGCCAUGGUGCCUUGUAGCUCCACACAGCACAUAGUUGGACUUCCUAGCGGCCCGCAGCCGGUGCACUCGGGCUCCGUCUUCAACCCAUCUCACUACUCCAACACCACGUCAUCUCAGCAGUCCGUGCUCUCCCAGUACGGCGGGCGCAAAAUCCUCGUCUGCUCCGUGGAUAACUGUUACUGUUCCUCGGUGUCCAACCACAGCGGGCACCAGCCCUACCCCCGCUCGGGGCACUUCCCCUGGACAGUCUCGUCGCAGGAGUACUCGCACCCGCUGCCGCCCGCCCCCGCCGUGCCCCAGUCGCUCCCGGGACUUGCCGUGAGGGAAUGGAUUGACGCAUCCCAGCAGCACGGGCGGCAGGAUUUCUAUAGGGUCUAUGGCCAGCCAUCGGCCAAACACUACGUCACCAGUUAACCAUCACACUCUCCGGAGAGUCCUGUUCGAUGACGUGUUCAGAGAGAAAAGUCUGGUUUGGUUUGGCUUUUCUUUGGUUUUUUUUUUUUUCCCCCCUUUUAAAUCAAACCCGAUUUUUUCCCUGCCUCGUGCCCCUCCAGGAUUUUGGGGAGGGUUGUUCUAUCAUAUUUCUUUUUUUUUUUUUUAAUCCUUUAAAAAUGAAAUAAUAAUUUUUUUCAUUUUAAUGCCUUUUUUUAAUUUAAUUUUGGAAGUCCUUCCUGCCCCUCGCUGGGUAAACACGAGGGAGAAAUUACCGAGAAGAAAUUGAUGGGGAUUUCAGUCGGACAUCUGGGUCUGUGCUUUGUGCUCUUCCUCACUUCUCUCUGCCUUUGGAAAACUUCAGAAGGGACAAUGGCACCUUCUCUCUUUCUAUUUCUCCGAGUUCAUUUUUUCUGGUUUGGUUCAGUUUUUCCCCUUUCCCAACCCCUUUCUUUCCCUUUUUAAAAAGAAAAAAAAAAGAGAAAAAAUCUAUCAUUGAUUCAGUAUGAAAUGAUACUUGUAGAUUUUGGGUUUGUUACUUUUUUUUUUUAAAGGCUGAUUUUUUUUUUUGUGUUACAAGGCCACUUCUCAUGCAUAUUGGCAUUUUUUUCCUUCUUUCAGAGAUUUGUAAAUACACAAUGGCAGGAAAUUUAAUGCACAAAAAAAAAGGGAAAAGAAACUUUACAAAAAACCACAAAUAAAUAAAUAAAAAAAAAAAAAAUCUGUUCUAGUUUUCAGGAGGGGAAGCGUGACCGAAACGCACUCCCCUCCUGCAUAUCGCUGAUGCAACUUCCUGUAACAAGCACUUUGUAUAAAAAAAAGUGGACUUCCUGCUAUAAGGCACAGGUAUUUAUUCUGUAACCGAUUUUAGACAUACACACACACACACACACACACACACACACACGCAAAAUAUUCAAAUAAAUGUGAUCACUUAGUGCAAA